CUUCCAUAGAUUCCAAUUGUCCAUGCAUCAAUACACACAAUACCUUUAAAGCGUCGCGAACCGCAGAUACAUAACGAACCCCGACUCUGCGUUAUCGUCGUCUCCAAUCACAGAAGGCCUUCCGCAACCACUGUCCUUCCAAUUCAAGCAAGAUGACGUCGACAAUCGGUAUUCCCAUCAAGCUUCUCAACGAGGCGCAAGGCCAUAUCGUGACCUUGGAGAUUACCUCGGGCCAGACGUAUCGCGGCAAGCUACUCGAAGCCGAGGACAACAUGAACGUACAGCUCAAGGACAUCACAGUCACGGCGCGCGACGGACGAGUAAGCCACUUGGAUCAGGUGUAUAUCCGCGGCAGCCACGUGCGAUUCUUUAUCGUACCCGACAUGUUGAAGAAUGCGCCUAUGUUCCGAAGUCGCAACGCGAGAGGUCGUGGUGUCGGUCUAGCCAGAGGACGAGCGACCGUUAGUAGAGCGAGAGCGAGCGGACGCGGAGGACGAUGAGCAUGUGCGGAUUAGGAAGCUGGCCGUUUCGAUAUUCACCGGCGUUUUUAAGGAGAACGAACAGAUGGGAAAAGUCUAAGACACCAAUGUGCCGGCCAGUUAUCGAGUGCUACUGGAUACCGGUGGAUGGCGUUGUUUACUACACUGCUGGAAAAAGGAUAGCUGGGGAAUACAGGGCUAUAUUUAGGGGCUCGUCCUCUUCCACUCUCAACCGGUGUCACCGUCUGGAGAGAUACCAUUGCGAUAGAUUGAGGUGACAAAUAUGGGCGGGAAACGAAGAUAAUUACCGUCAGCACUUGGCGUAUGUAAAUUUUCAGAGAUAAUAAAUUCACAGGUGGCACUACUUGACUACUGAAAGAGGCUUGAAUAUUGAUCUAGGACGCAGGCUCAUGAUAAGUUCAUACUAACAUAUAGGUAGGUACCUAAACUAGGCACUUUAGAAGCUUGACUUGGAGUUCUCGGAGCUGAUAUACAUAUGUGGUCAAGAGUUUGCUGUGAGGUACAAUACGAGACACCUUAAUGAGACACGUAUAAGUCAAGCUCUUCCUUCACUCAUAUGAGCUCAAUCAGGCAAUCAAGUCACAUAUACAGCACAUAUACCGCUCUUUUAACCAUUCGAGACAUGGAGGUUAAAAUAAAAUAUUUCCAGCAAUUCCUUGCUUGAUCAGAAACCAGUUGCUACUCUAAAUAGA